UUCAAUCAAUUUAGACAGCAUACAUAUUAUUAUGAGUGCUUUUUAUAUUCUUUUAUUGUUCAUUUUCUUUAAAAAUAUCCAUGCUGAACCCGAGCCUCAGCUGAAACAUCUACCCACGAUUGCUUCAGCAGUACAGGAGGUUUGUUUAGGUAACUUCAGACCCAUUUCUACUGAUAAAUAUUGUGAUAUAGUGAGUUCCGUUUUGGAAAUAGUUUUCCUUUCAUCGUGUACCAGAGUCGAAAGUUUUUGUCCAGGUUUCAAACCGAUAUGCAGAAAAUUACUGACCAAUGGUAUUUGCCAAGAUCUUUUUAUAAACGUUACCAUCGGAGAUAAGCCGGCAACAACAUUGGGUUACUUCCUUUUGCGCGAAGGGUGUCUGAAAUCUCAAGAUGUAAUGCAAAGUAUAACCGACUUUGUAAACAUAAGCAUAGAAGCUGUUUUCGAUCGACAGAAAGCAUGCGAGAAUUUGGGAGAGAACGUCGAGAGAGUUUGCGUUGAUUUCGUACACAAAGAGGCAUGUCCUCGAAUUACCAAAGCUUUUUCAAAAACAUGCGAGAGUGUACUUGACAAUUUUGUAUGUAAAGUACAUCCAGGAAAAAUUGAUUGGCCAACUUUUUCAGAUUUUUGGAAUGCAAUUACUGGGUGAAAAUUAAAG